AUGCUUCGUUUCUUCAAGUUCUUCCGCGAUCCUCCCUUUUGCUCCAAGCUUCAGACCCCCGGACCGGUAAACGCGCACAGGUACGACUACUUGGAGGUCCGUGACGGCGUGGACGAGAGCGGUCAGCUGGUGGGGAAGUACUGUGGAAAGAUCGCCCCCUCCCCGGUCAUCUCCUCAGGGAACCAGCUCUACAUCAAGUUCGUCUCAGACUACGAGACCCACGGAGCCGGCUUCUCCAUACGCUACGAGAUCUUCAAAACAGGUCCGGAAUGUUCCAGGAACUUCACCUCCAACAGCGGAGUCAUCAAGUCUCCGGGUUUCCCCGAGAAAUACCCCAACAACCUGGACUGCACCUUCAUGAUCUUCGCCCCCAAGAUGUCGGAGAUCGUCCUGGAGUUCGAGAGCUUUGAGCUGGAGCCAGACCUCACGCCCCCCAGCGGAGUGUUCUGUCGCUACGACCGCAUGGAGAUCUGGGACGGCUUCCCUGGAGUGGGGCCGUACGUGGGGCGGUACUGUGGUCAGAACACUCCUGGCCGGAUCGUGUCCUACACGGGCAUCCUGGCCCUGACCAUCAACACGGACAGCGCCAUCGCCAAGGAGGGCUUCUCGGCCAACUUCACCGUCCUGGAUCGGACCGUACCCGAGGACUUCAGCUGCACUGACCCUCUUGGCAUGGAGUCUGGGGAGCUGGGCUCAGACCAGAUCGCAGCCUCCUCCCACUACAAUCCCAGCUGGUCUCCGGAACGAUCCAGACUCAACUACUAUGAGAAUGCCUGGACUCCUGCAGAAGACUCCAAUAAAGAGUGGAUACAGGUGGACCUGGGCUUCUUGAGGUUCGUGUCGGCCAUCGGGACGCAGGGCGCUGUCUCCCAGGAGACACAGAGGACGUACUGGGUCAGGUCCUACAAGGUGGACGUCAGUUCCAACGGCGAGGACUGGAUCACUCUGAAGGAGGGCUCCAAGCAGAAGAUAUUUGAGGGGAAUCUGAACUACGACACCCCAGAGCUGAGGACCGUGGAGCCUUUGCUGACCCGCUUCAUCAGAGUGUACCCAGAGAGGGCCACCCCUGCUGGGAUGGGUCUGCGCCUGGAGCUCCUGGGCUGUGAGAUGGAAGCUCCGACCGUACCUCCAACCACGCCGGCCCCCAGCACCACCCCGUCGGACGAGUGUGACGACGACCAGGCCAGCUGCCACAGUGGAACAGGUGGGACUGUGGUGUUGCCUGAGGCUACAGUGGAGAUGGACACUAAACCAGCGUUCCAGUGGUUUGCGUGUGACUUUGGCUGGGCCAGCGACCCCUCCUUCUGCGGCUGGUCGUCGGAGGACACCGGCUUCAGGUGGCAGAUACAGUCUAGCGGAACCCCCACCCUCAACACCGGGCCCAACAUGGAUCACACAGGCGGGUCAGGGAACUUCAUCUACACCCUAGCGACCGGCGCCCAAGAGAACGAGAUCGCCAGGUUGGUCAGUCCGGUGGUGAGCCACCACCAGGAGUCCGACCUGUGUGUCUCCUUCUGGUACCACAUGUUCGGCUCUCACAUCGGCACGCUGCACGUCAAGCAGAGGAAGGAGACCGACGAAGGUUGGGCUGAUAUCCUGCUCUGGACCGUAAGCGGUCACCAAGGCAACCGCUGGCGUGAAGGGCGGGUGCUCGUGCCGCGUUCCAGUAAACCGUAUCAGGUGGUGAUUGAAGGUUUGGUCGAGAGGAAAAGCUGGGGCGACAUCGCCGUUGACGACAUCAGAAUACUCAACGACUUCAGCAUGACAGACUGCAAGGAUCCCGAUGUGCCCACAGAGCCCAUGCUGCCUGAGGACCGCUUCAAUGAAAUACCUGAUGACAUCACAGAUUAUCCGGACGUGGUGGAGAGUAAUGAAAUCAGCGGAGCUGGCAACAUGCUGAAGACCCUGGACCCCAUCCUCAUCACCAUCAUCGCAAUGAGUGCCCUGGGGGUGUUCCUGGGCGCCAUCUGCGGGGUGGUCCUCUACUGCGCGUGUUCCCACGGGGGUCUCUCAGACAGGAACCUCUCCGCCCUGGAGAACUAUAACUUUGAACUGGUGGACGGCGUGAAGCUAAAGAAGGACAAACUCAACUCACAGAACUCGUACUCCGAGGCGUGAGGGGUGGCAGGUGCGUGUGUGAGCGAGCGUGCGAGCACAAGACUGUAGACAGGGAACUUCUCUCAGAGAGCGGACGAGCUAAAGGGACUGCCAGCAGCGUCUCAUUGGUUGAGGACAAGUUCAGGAACCAAUGGGAGGCUUGGACUGAUCCGUGAUUUACUCAGGAGCUGCAGUAAGAAUAACCUACCAGUAGGGGACACUGUGUACAAAAUGAAAUACAGGAAAUUAAACAAAAAAUUAUGUACAGAUGAUUUAGAUUAUAUUUUAAUUUUCUAUUUUGAUUUUCAUUCAUUUCUACAAUCGGAUGCUGGUGUUGUGACCAAUUUAUUACAAUUGUUUAAAGUAUUUAUCGUUUUCUUGGAGGAAACAUUUUUCAUCUUUUAUUUUCAAAAAACCUAUUGAUUUUGUGUUUGAAGGUGAGGUAUCAAACCCCAAAACGAACCAUAUCUGACUAAUUGGUUGAGCUGCGCGUGUUUUGCAGACAGGGUGUUGACCCCUGACCCCUGACCCCUGGCCCUGUCUGCCCGGCCCUGCACUGUGGUUGUAUAUGGUUCUAACAGUGCCUUUAGUACAUCUUUGUUGGCCUCCUCUGUUGAUUUGGGAGUUUGGACAUCCUUUAUGUUCUCAGUACUUACAUGGGUACUAACUAAUACAGUCACUAUCGAGUUAGCAAAACACGAUCCAAUCAAUGACCCUCUGAUCUGUUCUGACCCUUACACACUGUAUAUAAGUUUUAAUAUAUUUUAAUGCCCUUUUUUUUUAAAGAAAGAAAGUAAAAAAAAGGAGAAAAACAGCUGCAGUAUCCCUUUUGUUCAUGGGUUGUGUGUGUUGUAAAUACAACUGUCUGACUGUUUAGUUAAAGGUGCUGUGUUCUGGUGUGACUUAGGUAAACUGUGCAAUGGAGGUUAGAAAACCUGAUCAGGACAUCAUACCACGUUGUAGUUAAUGGCACACACCAUCCAUAGAUACAAGCCAUUUCAUAAUAUAACAGUGGGAACUAUAAACUAUCCAUCUACACAUAUGGUACACAAACAAUAAAAACAGCAGAUGCAUUCACGUUUAAUUUUUUACUCAUAUCCAUGGCUCUACAAUCAAUACGUGUGAACACUAGUUAUUGAUAAUCUAGACUACGGUAACAUAUCUUCAAACCAUUGCAUUGUGUCUCUUGAAAUAUGUCCAAAGUCUCUCCACACAGUGUGUGUCUAUUCCCACUUUCUCUAUUCUAGACUAGUGUGUGUGUGUACGUGUGUGUGUGUGUACGUGUGUGUGUGUAUGUGUGUGUACGUGUGUGUAUGUGUGUGUGUACGUGUGUGUGUGUGUGUGUGUACGUGUGUGUAUGUGUGUGCGUGUGUAUGUGUGUGUGUGUGUGUACGUGUGUGCGUGUGAUGGACUGGUGACAAAAAAUCAGGUUCACAGACUCAAUCACAUCACUUUUCCAAGUCCCCUUCACCAGACCAUUAGCUAUCACCAUCUCUCCUGUUGACCAUUCUGUUGAUAUUAGUAGCAGCAGGAUGUAUGAGAAGGAAUGGUAGUUUGUCUGCCAGCAUACCAAAAAAAAAACAUUAAAAAAAAAUCGAAAACACGCUUUGCUUUAGUCAUGGACCAUUGGACCGGUCCAUUAGCCUGUCUGACAGAAAAACAAAAACAUCAUCUGAACAACCAUGGUAUCUUGAAUGCACUUUCACCUAACCCCUCAGAGAGUGCCUAUGCCUGUGCCAGGGGUUACUACACUAACUGAAGGAUGGUGCUUGUCAUAUUCAUAACAGCAGGACAGAUAGACAGACAUUCACGAUGAGCAUGUGAAAGUUACCUUUCUGGGGUCUGUGUUCUGUCAUGCGAUGUUCUGUCCGGCCUGGCGUAGUCAGGGUUAACGCGUGUCACGUGUAGCAGCCAUACGUUGUGAUGUCAAAAGGGACACUGGUACACUGGGGUCAGGUGAUGUCAUGGCGCUGAAUCAGGCCGCCCGCCCCACGUGUCUUUACCAAAGGAUGGCCAUGCACCCCCCGCCCACCUCUGUUUGAGGAUCUGCUCUCAGCACAGUCAACCGCAACUCAACCACAACCGACAACCAACCAACUGACAUUAAAACCAUGGAAGGUCAUGGUGUGAUCAGACCUCAGCCAGUACACUGAACCCCGGGAAAACUCUUGAAGGGGCAGUGGGUGGACUGUUUGGAAAACAUUUUAUCGGUCUGAUUUUUUAUCUAUUUUUCAGCUGAGGAGCGUAAUCGUGUCUCUUUGUGAACUGUUUGGAUUCUCUACUGAGACUGUUGAUAUUUUAGAUACGCCGUUGGAGAUGCUUUGAGGAACGGACUCAUGGAUUCUGGUGUCUGAGGACUCGACAGCGGAGAACUUGGUUUUGUUUCGCCGCCACAGCGGUCAGAGCCCUGGUGAUGAUAGGGGGGGCUGUGAUGUGCUGUAUCUAUGUGCUACUAUGUCAUGUGUCGUGGUGAACACAUUCUCUGUUUGGCUUCUGUUCAUUUCAGAUUCAAACGUACCACUCUGCAAUGCUUAUUGUGUUACCGUGCCUACAGCUUAGAGGACAGUUAACUAGCCGCUGUCGGGUAAACUAGGGGGAAAGGAAACUGUAGCGUAAGACUAAAAGGAAACAAUGUUGCACUGAUAAAUAUAUUUAAGAACUUUGUGUUUAUAGCAUUCAUUUCUAAAAAAAAAAUCCUAAACUAAAAAACAGUGUUCCUUUUAUUUCUUCUUUUAUAUAGUUUCAGACUAUGGUGUGACAUAAUUCUGAAAUGUACAAAUAUUGAGAGGUUUUCAUCACUGAAAAAAUAAUUAUCAUACAGAUUUCCUGUAGUCAUGUCCCCAUUUAUCUGGUAUAUUAUUGCUUCAUUUUGUACUGUCCGUAAAAUUUUGUGCAGAUUUUUUUUUACAAAAAAAUUAAACUUUUAUUUUCAAUACUGCUUCUGUAAUUUGCUGUUGUAGGAAAAUAAAUAAACAGCAGAGCCUUAUAAAGUGAA